CUCUGUACAAAUUAAUAAAAUGGCCACUGAUGACUUUUCUCAAGAUAACUUGGAGAAGGAGAUACUGCGCAUGUCGAAUGAUGAGCUGGUCAGCAGGACAAGAUUGCUGGACAAUGAAAUUAAAAUUAUGAGAUCAGAAGUCAUGAGAAUAUCCCAUGAACUGCAAGCUCAAAAAGACAAAAUAAAGGAGAAUACAGAAAAGAUUAAAGUGAACAAAACGUUGCCAUACCUGGUUUCCAAUGUCAUUGAGUUGUUGGACGUUGAUCCUCAGGACCAAGCAGAAGAGGAGGGUGCCAACAUAGACCUUGACUCCCAGAGAAAGGGAAAGUGUGCAGUCAUUAAAACAUCAACCAGACAGACAUAUUUUUUGCCUGUGAUUGGUUUAGUUGACCCUGAACAGUUGAAGCCUGGGGAUCUUGUGGGAGUUAACAAAGAUUCUUACUUGAUUCUUGAGACACUGCCUGCCGAGUACGAUUCUCGUGUGAAGGCCAUGGAAGUUGACGAACGACCAACGGAGCAGUACAGUGACAUUGGAGGACUGGACAAACAAAUUCAAGAAUUGAUUGAAGCAGUGGUCCUUCCCAUGACGCACAAGGAUCGAUUCACAGCACUGGGCAUCCAGCCUCCUAAAGGGGUUUUACUGUAUGGACCACCUGGAACAGGCAAAACACUGUUGGCUCGAGCGUGUGCUGCUCAAACCAAAUCAACUUUUUUGAAAUUAGCAGGGCCUCAGUUAGUACAAAUGUUCAUUGGUGAUGGAGCUAAACUGGUCCGAGAUGCUUUUUCUCUAGCCAAGGAAAAGGCACCUGCAAUUAUUUUCAUUGAUGAAUUGGAUGCCAUCGGCACAAAAAGGUUUGAUAGCGAAAAAGCAGGUGACAGAGAGGUUCAGAGAACCAUGCUGGAACUACUCAACCAGUUAGAUGGCUUUCAAUCCAACCACGACAUAAAAGUAAUAGCGGCGACCAAUCGUGUGGAUAUACUUGAUCCAGCUCUUUUGAGAUCUGGUCGACUGGAUAGGAAGAUAGAAUUUCCUGCUCCUAAUGAAGAGGCCCGUGCUCGUAUCAUGCAGAUACAUUCAAGGAAAAUGAACGUUAACAAUGACGUGAACUACGAGGAGCUCGCAAGGUGCACUGACGAUUUCAAUGGCGCACAAUGCAAGGCAGUCUGUGUUGAGGCAGGUAUGAUAGCCUUAAGAAGGGGUGCCACAGAACUGAAUCACGAAGACUACAUGGAUGCAAUACUGGAAGUCCAAGCCAAAAAGAAAGCCAACCUAAAUUAUUAUGCUUAAGUUUUACAUAAAGUUAUAUUUUCAUUAAAAAACACAGUUUGAUUAAAGUGACAGAAUUUUUGUAUUAAAAAAUUUACAAUCGAUUCUUUUAUACUUAAAAAAGACGUUCUUAUUUUUCAUGGUCGCUUCUGUCAACGCACGUGACUUUAAACUUCUUGUGCACGUGGAUUAUGUUGAUGCCCUUCGUCUAGAAGCGAAUGAUUACAAGUUAUUUCAAUAGGUGAAAGUAUUGUUGGAAAUCAAAUCUUACAUUUAUAGUUUCUUCUACUAAAAGAUCGUGUUUGUUUGC